AUGAAUCAUUCAACACCAAUGAAACUUCUCUCUUAUGUCUCUCGGCCAUUUGGCCGAUCAGCCUCCCUCCAACCUCUAAGGGCGUUGAGCGGUCCAUCACGUCUUUCUUCGACCAAGUCCACUGGCGCAAGUCGGCCUCUUCCACUUGCUGGCGUUACGGUCGUUAGUCUGGAACAAGCCAUCGCCGCACCAUUCUGUACUCGACAACUGGCCGAUCUAGGGGCGCGAGUCAUCAAAAUCGAACGACCAGGUGUUGGUGACUUUGCUCGACAGUAUGAUAACCGAGUCGAUGGACUCGCGUCCCACUUUGUAUGGACGAACCGCUCCAAGGAGAGUCUCGCGCUGGACCUCAAACAACAAAAGGACCACGCCGUUCUCAUGAAACUUCUUGAAAAAGCCGACGUUCUCGUUCAAAAUCUUGCACCAGGAGCCAGUGCACGAUUGGGGCUGUCUCAUGAUUCAAUAAAAGCGAGGCAUCCCGGUCUUAUUGUAUGUGAUAUCUCAGGAUAUGGACAAGACGGCCCAUACCGCGACAAGAAAGCCUACGAUCUUCUCAUCCAGAGCGAAGCGGGCAUGCUCUCAGUCACAGGCACCGGCAAGGAACCGGUGAAGGUGGGAAUUUCCAUCGCCGACAUUUCGGCUGGAAUGUACGCCUACAGCAACAUCUUAUCAGCCCUGCUGCAGCGCGGAAAAGACGGUCAGGGAUGUCAGAUUGACAUUUCCAUGCUGGAAUGCAUGGUCGAAUGGAUGGGUUUCCCGAUGUACUACGCUUUCAACAAUGCCCCUGGUCCAGUCCCGGCAGGUGCCUCGCACGCAGCCAUCUACCCAUAUGGACCGUUCGAAACAGGAGAUCAACAGUCCGUCAUGCUGGGCAUACAGAAUGAGCGGGAGUGGGUUAAUUUCUGCAACGGGGUUCUGUCACUACCGGAUUUAGCUACGGAUCCUCGAUUCGUGAGUAAUUCUCAGCGGACUUUGAACAGAGAUGAGCUCAAGACAAUCAUUCAUGGUGUGUUUUCGAAGUUCACGGUGGAAGAAGUCAUCACCCGGUUAGAUAAGGCGUCAAUUGCAAACGCUAGUGUGAAUGACAUGCAGAAUGUAUGGGAUCACGCUCAACUCAAGGCUCGUGACCGUUGGACAAAUGUCCAGACCCCAGUUGGAGCUGUACCGGCUCUCCUGCCUCCUGGGUUCACUGCAUCGCUGGAAAAGGGUGGCUUCGGAGCACAGAUGGGCUCGAUUCCUAGUGUUGGAGAGCACAAUGAGGCCAUUCUCGCGGAGCUAGGCCUAUCUGAAUAA